AAUAAAAACAAACGUCGAGAGAGUUAUCGAUGUAGGUCUAGAAUUUCCUUUCUUUUCUCUUCCUCUGGUAAAAAAAAAAGGAGCCGUUAUCUAACAAAGGCAAGCAACCCACGAGUAUACGAUACGUGCGAGCCGUUAUCUACAAAUCCAUCGUUCGAAACCACCCAUACAAAUAACACAGCUCAGGAGAAAGAAAAAAAGAAAAAAUGCCAACCUUGAAUCUGUUCACGAACCUGCCAGUGGAUGCAGUGAUGGCCUCUGACAUUCUCAAGGAUGCCACCAAAGCUGUCGCCAAAAUCAUUGGCAAACCCGAGUCUUAUGUGAUGAUUUUGUUGAAUGGGGGAGUGCCCAUCGCAUUUGCGGGCACGGAAGAGCCAGCCGCAUAUGGAGAAUUAAUCUCUAUUGGGGGCCUUGGAGCAAGUGUUAAUGGGAAAUUGAGUUCAACCAUUGCAGAGAUUCUUCAAACUAAGCUAUCUAUAGACAGCUCCCGCUUUUAUGUCAAAUUUUAUGAUGUUGAGCGAUCAUUCUUUGGGUUUAAUGGCUCAACAUUUUGAGCAGCGUGGGUUUUGGGUAAUAGAUCCGUGGAGAUCUCAAAGCUUCAAGGCAUGGGCCAACGCUUGCUGAUGGACUAUUCUUGUUCAGCUGUAAUCUUUCUGUAGAGAAGAGAAAACCCAUGUAUUUGAUCACAAAUGAAGUAGACAUAAUAAAUACUCUUGUUAUUUAAGCUGGAAAGUGAAAUUCCUGACCUCUUCUUCCUGGA